GGGUGUUUUGAUUUUCAUUAUUUUUGUUAGAUGUUUGACACACAAAUGCAUCAUAUAGCCACCCGAAACAAAAGCACAUCACUAUGAUUAUUUGCCAGUCAUGAGCUCCCUAAGAUGCAUUGCAAAACACCCAACAAUUGCCCUAGUGGACACAUACAGCACCCUCAAAGAGCUCAAGCAAAUCCACUCCCAACUGCUCGUUAACGGCCUUCUCAACGACCGUCACCUUUCCGGCCACUUUGUCGCCGCCAUUGCCCUCAGAAACCCCACCAAUUUGGAUUAUUCCAAUCAAGUCCUCGACCAAUGCCAGAACCCAACACUCUUCGCCUUCAACUCCAUGAUCAGAGCCUACUCCAAAAGCUCCACGCCAUCCAAAAGUUUUAACUUUUACAGCAGAAUUCUUCGAUCAAGUGACAAUCUUUCACCCGAUAAUUACACCUUCAACUUCUUGGUUCGCACUUGCGCGCAGCUUUUGGCACGUGAGACCGGUCCUACCGUCCAUGGCGGAUUGAUAAAGCACGGGUUUGAGAACGACGCACAUGUCCAAAGCGGGUUAAUUUUCAUGUAUGCUGAAUUGGGUUCUUUAGAUCCGUGUCGCAGAGUGUUUAGAGAAAUUGUUGAGCCGGAUUUGGUUUGCCAGACUGCUAUGGUGAGUGCCUGUGCGAGAUGCGGUGACGUUGGUUUUGCACGGGACCUGUUUGAUGAAAUGCCUCACAGGGAUCCCGUUGCUUGGAAUGCGAUGAUUGCAGGGUAUGCGCAAUGUGGGAAGUCUAGGGAAGCCUUGAAUCUGUUUCAUUUGAUGCAAAUGGAGGGUGUGAGGGUCAAUGAGGUGUCUAUGGUUUCGGUUUUAUCGGCUUGCUCCCACUUGGGGGCAUUGGAUCAAGGGAGAUGGGCUCAUGCCUAUAUAGAGAAGAACAAGGUGCGGAUGACAGUGACGCUGGGGACUGCACUCAUCGACAUGUAUGCGAAAUGCGGGAACAUGAACAAGGCCAUGGAAGUGUUUUGGGGGGUGAAAGAAAAGAAUGUGUAUACAUGGAGUAGUGCAUUGGGAGGACUAGCUAUGAAUGGCUUUGGUGAGAAGUGUCUUGAGCUUUUCACCAUUAUGAACAACGAAGGGGUUCAUCCGAAUGAAGUUACGUUUGUUUCGGUUCUGAGGGGUUGCACUGUGGUUGGACUAGUUGAGAAGGGUCGUCAGCAUUUCGACUCAAUGAGAAAAUUGUACGGGAUUGAGCCUCAGCUAGAGCACUACGGGUGCAUGGUUGAUUUAUAUGGUCGUGCCGGGCGUUUAGAUGAAGCCCUGAGCUUCAUAAACGACAUGCCAAUGAAGCCUCAUGCGGGUGCUUGGGGGGCUUUGCUGAACGCUAGUAGAAUGUACAGGAAUAUGGAAAUAGGUGAGCUUGCGUUGAGGAAGAUAGUAGAACUGGAGGCCAAGAACCAUGGCGCUUACGUGCUUUUGUCCAAUAUUUAUGCCGAUUCCAAGUUUUGGGACGGAGUUAAUAAUGUGCGUCAGACUAUGAAGGCAAAAGGUGUGAGGAAGCUUCCUGGUUGUAGUGUCCUAGAGGUCGAUGGAGAAGUUCAUGAGUUCCUUGUGGGAGACAAGUCCCAUCCUCGGUACGAUGAAAUUGAGACAAUGCUGGGAGAAAUCUCCCGGCGGCUGAAGUUGGCCGGUUAUGUGGCUAAUACAAAUCCUGUGCUGUUCGACAUAGAAGAAGAAGAGAAAGAGGAUGCAUUGUGUAAACAUAGCGAGAAGGUAGCGAUUGCUUUUGGUUUGAUCAGUUUGAAAGAAGGCGUGCCAAUUCGGAUUGUGAAGAACCUCAGGGUCUGUUGGGAUUGCCAUGACGUAACCAAAAUGAUAUCUAAGCUUUUUAACAGAGAGAUUGUUGUAAGAGAUAGGAAUAGGUUUCACCAUUUUAAAGAUGGUGAGUGCUCUUGCAAGGGUUACUGGUGAUGUUAAAUCAAAUGUUCAUCAGGAUUUUUGUCCCUUAAAUUUUGACUGGAAAGAAAAGAACGACGAAAAAUAAAGGUGAUGUUUUAUUCUUCUU